UUUUUAGUAGAGAAUUAAGGAUUUAACUGGUGAAGCAGUCUGGAGCAACCACAUCUCACAUGCUGAUUGUUUUGUCAAGUUUAUGGCGAGCAUGUGAGGGUCUAGAAAUGGCCAUGCUUUCUUCAUCACUUUUAUUGCUCUCAUUGAUAGACUUAGUGCGUAUCCUUAUAGCUUUGUGGAGUAACUUCUUGAUUUCUCUUUGGAUCGUAGAAAUUUUAGCCAUCCCAGGUCUUUUGUGUUUAUUUCAUUUGCAUAAAACUUUGAGAAUUUUGCAAAGAAUUUUCCUCUGGGAGUGCAACCUUCUUAACAACCUGCCCUUCAGAGAUGGCUCGAGCUUCAGGCUGUUUACGCAUCAAUAAAUUAAAUUGGAAUUUAUUGCUAGCCAUGUUCUUUUCAAUACUUGGAGAAGUAUUGAUGCUAGAGACUGAAACAUUCUCAUCUAGAAAUUCUUCAGACAAGUUUUCAUCAUUUUGUGGAAUAUAAGUCAUAUUUAUUAUUUAUGAUUCC